CCACUUCCGAAAUCAACAAAAGUUGUUUAUGCCUUGAAUCAAGGCCUGUAUUAAUUACAAAAUUAGUAGAUCUUGCAUUCUAUAUCUAGAGAUUCUACUUAUCUUGACUGGUUGGUUGGAAUUCUCACUGGAUUUUAAAUUUAAAUGUUUUUCAAUUCAAACUUUAACUAUACCAAUUUCAUCAGCAGACUGUCAGUCCGAACUCUCAGUGAGAAGAGUAACCGGUUCACAAAACUAUUCUCACUUCCAAGAAAUGGAGGAGGAUUUAAAAAUUUAUUUUGUUAAACCUCCUAAAAAUGAAGAAAAUAAUUCUACUCUGACUGAAGCUUUUGAGACUUUGCGUAAAGCUGAAUUUGACUUACAACCAGAAUGGAUUUCCAGUGAGGACUGUCUUUUAGUUCGUCAAAAAGGGAAACAUGUCUACAUUUUUGACCAGUUUAAAGGAGAGGCUUUUGAUCAUUUAAAAGAACUUGGGUUCAGAAUUUAUGGCCCUCAAUGUAUUCUGGCCAAUCUUCUUCAUGGGGAGGAGUUACCAAGACACAGGAAGAAGCCCAUUUACAACUUGGCCAUGAAAGAUGUGAAAAUUUGCUGUACAUCCUUGGAUAAACCAAUAAGGGAGGAAAUCAUGAACCUUGUGCUGCAGAUGGGAGGCAGUGCUGAGAGUGACUUAACUGCUGACUCAACUCACCUGGUGGCAGGUGAAGUGGGCAGUGCCAAGUAUUUGGUUGCUGUAGAUGCAGGAAAGCAAGUUAUGGUUAAAGAGUGGGUCUAUAAAGUGUGGGAGGCAUCCAAAGACAGAUACAUCAAAGCAACAGAUGAUUUGUUUAACAAAUAUACAUGCCCUCCCUUCCAUGGGCUGACUAUUGUUGUGUCUGGGUUCAGCAGUAGUGAAAGAAAUAACAUGCGCUCUUUCAUCAUUAAAGGCGGAGGGAAGUACUCAGGUGAGAUGAAGAUGAACCAGUGUACACAUCUGGUGGUCAAAGAGCCUAAAGGUGCCAAAUUUGAGGCAGCCAGAAGUUGGCAGAUAAAAGUUGUGAAUGACCAGUGGUUAUUUGAUUGUAUAGACAAGCAAAGAUACCUGGACCCCAACCCAUACCAGUUUAAUGUUAGCAAGCAGAGGAGUGACGUCAAAACCUCCACCCCCGAGAGAAGAACCUCUCUUGGGCCAAAUAUAUCUGACAUAAGUGCUAUAUCAAAUGCUGGACCAAACUCCAGUAUGCUGAGGGUGGACGAAACCACAGACCUGACAUCCACACGCAUGUCCAGCAUGUUCCACAGCAAACAUGUCACCAUUGGUGAGACAAGGAUGGGGACAACCACUGUUGAUGGUGACACCACCAUAACACCAGCUGAUGUCUUUCUUGAUGGAUGCAGGAUUUUCCUAAGUGGAAUAAAGCCUGCUGUUGAAGAAAAAAUGCGGAAAAUUAUAUCUGCUGGUGGAGGUCUAAGAGCCACCGAGAUAACUGAGGGCAUCACUCAUGUUGUGAUUGGAGAUGUUGUUUUACCACACAUGACUCUGAUCAACAAACUAGAAGAAAGCCCCCACAUUGUGUCAACUGAUUGGUUGAUGGAUUGCUUCCACCAGAACAGCCACGUCAAUGAAGAGAAAUACCAGCACAGAGAAGCUGCUCUAACCAAACAGGGCACAUCUGGCAAAUUAAAGAAAAGUAACAACAAAAGAGCACCGUCAGAAUUCCCAAGGAAAGAUAAAAAUGAGGACAAGAAUAGUAACGAUGUCAGCAGUUCAAAAACAUCACAGGCUGCUGGGGCCUUUUCAAUCGAAGCUGCAAGUGACCUGGAAAUGGCAGAAUUGCUGAGUCAGUACAUGGACCCACCUGUAGAAUCUAGAGACACAGGGAAACAAAAACAGUUUGACACAGACAGCGAGGUUCAGAUCCUUGGAGUGGAUCUCCUCAAGGCUGGAAGGGCAUCUGAACAACAGAAGCCAUCCCAGGAGGAAGAGCUUAUGACACAGGACCCUAAUGAAAAUGAAGAUGUGGAUGGAGACAGGGGAAUAUUUUUCAGAAAAACUUUUAUAACCCGAGGUUUUGAUGAAGAGGAAACUGCUCAGCUUAAAGAAUUUAUUGAACAAAAAGGAGGUGUGGUCUUACAGAGCUUAAAAAAGCGUCAGAUCCCAGACAUUGCCAUUGUUCCAUUGCUUGGGUUCCCAGUGGAGGUCACUGUGUCAGAGAUUCUCACAAAUGCUUGGCUGCAAAUGUGUAUGGAAUUUGAUUCACUACUACCUUAUGAUGAUAACUGGUUGUCAAGGCCUUUGGAACUACCAGAGAAUGAGCCACUGUCAGGCUGUUGUGUCAGUGUCAGCGGCUAUGUAAAUAUUGAACGUGAAUGUAUAAUGCAUCUGGCCCAAUCAUUAGGAGCCAAUUGCCAGGACCACUUUGCCAGGAAAUCCAGUAAAAAUGUCCAAGCCAGCACACACCUCAUAGUUAACCACCCAAGUGGCUCCAAGUAUGAGGCAGCCAAGAAAUGGAAGAUACCUGCAGUGGGGAAAGACUGGCUUUUAGCGUGCAUACGUUCAGGUCGUCGAGAAGCAGAGGACGAAUAUUCUAUUGAAGCUAUACUAGAGAGGGAGGAGAGGAAGUUAGCUGAACUGGCUGAAGAGAAAAGGUCCUCAUCCUCUUCACUCCCCACACCACCCAAGGUGAACCGCAGCUGUGUGAGUGAUGAUGUGUUUGUUGGUGAGGCUGUGGACACCAGCAAGCAGAGUGACAAGAGUGGAGGCAGGUCUGCGUCAGAGGAUGCUGGCAUAGGAGAACAGACCACAUUAGAUGUUGCUGGCGUCAGACGACAGAUUACGUUAGAAGAUGCAGGUGUUGAAGGAGGAAUGACAGAAGAUGCAGGUGUUAAAGGAGGAAUGACAUUGCAGGAGAUAACACUAGCAGCAGAGGCCCAGGAGCAUGUAUCAGCAUCCUCCUCUGAAAGCUGUGGACCAACAGCUAAACCUGACGCUGCCUACUUGCCAAAGCUCCACCACCACCUGACCACUGGCCAGUCCUCUAGCGCCACCAGAGACAGGAAAAGUGCAUGCCAACCAAACCAAAGUGAAAAUAUUUCAGCAGGCCUGGUCAAGACUCCAGUCAGCGUCCUCAGACAGAAAUGGGGUGAGAAUGUGCCAGUGAACAGCCCAUUAACUCCCCUAGGCCUGACUAAAGGUGGGCUGGAGACACCAGGGACCUUCAUGCAGCCUGGUUUCAGGCCAAAGUUUAAUUUAGAUGGACUCUUUGACAGUCCAGAUGUUUCAGUGGACCUCAACAAAUCAACACCGUUGGGAGAAAUCUUCAGACGCCAGAUCACCAAAGCUGCCCAGGUGGCAACAGCUCAACACUCCAACACAGCUGACGUGGUUGAUGACCGGAUGCCAGCCAGCCAGUCCCAGUCUGACGAGUUAGCACCUCUACAUGGCGUAGUGAUAGCCGUGGCAAAGAAGUUGGGGCGCAGUCAUGAACAGUACAACAGUAUAGUGGUUGAGCUAGGGGGAGACUACUCAUGGCACAUUGGACCCCAAGUCACCCACUUUGUCUUUCAGGGGAGACCAAAUGACAUAAACAAAGAGUUCCGUAAAGCUAGAGAUGAAGGCAAGAUAAUUGUCUCACCAUAUUGGCUGCACGCUUGUAAAGAACAGAACUGUAGAGUUGAUGAAAGCUUGUUCCCACAGAAUUACAACCCCAAUUUCAGCCUGACCUUGACUCCAGGUCUCAAGUCCACGCCCAUGAGAAGCACCAGAGCCUCGGCUAAGACUUUAACCAAGUCAGAUGUUAUGGCCAAAUGUGAGGCUGGGCCCCCUGUCAGAACCCCAGCCAACAGGAUGCCAGUACUUAACCUGGAGAAAGUUGGCCAAGCUGGGGAACAGAACAAAACCAAGUCAGAUGUUAUGGCCAAAUGUGAGGCUGGGCCCCCUGUCAAGACCCCAGCCACCAAGAUGCCAGUACUUAACCUGGAGAAAGUUGGCCAAGCCGGGGAACAGAACAAAACCAAGUCCCCAGUCCUUGUGUUACAGAAGGUUGAUUCAGUCAGUGAGCUCAGCACUUUCUCAAGCACAACACUGGAGGAUGUGUCUUUACAAAGGAAAGAAACAAAAGAUUCUGAUCUAAUGGAUGAAAAUGAGGAUGCCAGCAAACACCAGGAAAUGAAAGAAGAACUAGCAAAAACAAUGGGGAAUAUCCUAGCUAACCCAUCCAGGUCCAAAGCAAAUAAUAGAAAGAAAGGCAGGAGAGCAAAUUUGAGUGGUCAGAUGGUCAGUGACAGUUCAGACAGUGAUCUGGUCAGAAGUGGAAAUACCUCGCAGUCAAACAAAACUGCCCCUUUAGAACCUUCACAAAGUCUUCAGAUCACAUGGGAUGAUCCCACUGAAAGGCUUGAAAAAGUGAGGCUAGCCCACCAGCUGGGGAGAGUGAGUGAAACAAGCCAGAACACAGAGGAACUUAUGGCAGCCAUGGACAUACCUUUUGAGACGACGUCCACCUCUGGCCAGAGUCCCACAAAAGAGAAAAAUUUAGAAAUUGUAAAAUCAGCUACAGAAAAAAGUUCAGGAAGUCGAAGAUCAACUACAGAAAAAAGUUCAGAAAGUCACCAAUCACCUACACCCAAAGCACCACCCCUAGCAUUCCCUAUAGUGAAGCCCUCUGGUCCUGUCCAACCACCAAAAGUAAUUGAGCUACUCAGUGAUGAAGGCAGUGAUGGCGAAACAGUGGACAUUAAAUCUUCCCUCGUCUUUCUCAUGUCAGGAUUACAAAACCAGGAAAGGUUAGACUACUCUGCUUUAGUGGAAAAACUUGGUGGCCGAGUUGUAGAGAUGCAGCACUUUGACCCAUCUAGUACACAUUUAGUGAUAGGCCAACCAGCCAGAAAUGAGAAGUUUUUAUCUUGUGUGGCAUCAGGGAAAUGGAUCCUUCACAAGUCUUACUUUGAAGCAUGUCGCAAGGAAGGCAGAUUUGUCGAGGAAACCCACCACGAAUGGGGCAGUGAGUUUACUCUACCACUGAUGAAGACGAUGACACCACUAGCUAAAAAUCUGGCAGCUGCUGCUUACAAAUGGCGUCAGAAAAUUUCUUUGCUGAAAAAGGCCAAUUCAUCUUGUAAAGGGGCCUUUGAUGGCUGGAAAGUUUUACUGUGUUUGGACAAAAGUAAAGAAGAAAAUUUCCAGAGAUUGCUGGAGGCUGGUGGGGCCAAAGUCUCCACAGUAAGAUCACCUUCCACCAGUUUAGAAGAAUCAACACAUGCUUUUCUAGACCUGAACAAAAUCAUGUUGCCCCAGAAUGAUCUGGAGCGUCUGAUAGAAGCUGGCGUCCACUGCCUGAAGCCUGAAUACAUUCCAGCCUUUCUCACAGAUGACCCUCCACCAGACCCUUCAGAGUUUUACCCUGCUGAAGUUGUUGUUUUAAAAUCAAGUAUGCAACAGACAAAGCAAAGUCGCAAGAGAGCACGGGGACAUGACGAUGAGAGAUCUGUCAGUAAAUUGGCCAGACGAUGACACCCUUUUUAAAAUGUACAGAAUAGAUUCAUCGUCGAACAAUUUGUCGAUUUAUUUGUUGUUAUAUUUGUUUCAUGGUUUUUAUGAGGUGCCUUCUAUCGGAUUCAUGGUUUAAAUCUUACAUGUCUUUAAUUUUUAAAAUCUACUACGGUACGUAUAAAGCUCGGUAAAUUAAUUAACUCACUAGGAUACAGUUUGAACUUCAUUUUAUGUUUUUUUAAAAAAAAUUGCAAUAAUUCUACCAGUUUUUCUCUAUUUUUCUGUACAAAAAUAAAAUGAAUAAGAUUCAAUUUUAAAUAUUUUAAAUUAUACUUUAACUCGAAUUGUAAGAUAAGUUAGUUUUUACUCAUUUAGGGUGGAUAGCUGAAUGUGAACUUGUGUAUUCAAUUUAAUUAGAUUAAUAACUUGAGGUCAUUCAAACGUCUCCAUGGUUUGUUUUAGCAUGUUUUCUUUUCUUUAUGUAAUUUUACAUUUAUUUGAAAUACUAUUCAUAUUUAUUUGAUCAACCAACCACUGGGUUUAAAGGAAUAAAUUUGUUUUGGCAGCUGUUUGAAACAGAAACUGUUUACAAGUAUUUUUUAUUAACAGGCAUCCAUGACCAAUGUGUAGAUAUUUUUUUGAAAUAGUUGACCACUGUUAACAGUGAUCUUGUUGGCUAUGUGCAUGUAGCCACUUGUACAGAUGAUCUGAUCACUAUGUUUGUUAAAUGCAAUAAACUUGUACA